AUGGCAUCAUCCAAGCAGCAACGUGAAAACUUAGUCUACAUUGCCAAGUUCACCAAACAAGCUGAACGCUAUGAAGAUAUGGUGGAUGCAAUGAACAAUGUGGUGAGAAUGAAUGUUGAAUUGACAGUUGAAGAACGAGAUCUUUUUGCAUAUGCGUACACGAAUGUAGUGCGCAAACGCAGGGAGUCGCGGAAAAUCUUGUCCUUGAUUGAGAAGAAGGAAGAAUCAAAAGGGAAUGAUUUGAAUGUGAAUAGGAUUAAGGAGUCCAUGAAAAAGUUGGAAUCAGAGUUGUCCACUAUCUGCACCGAUAUCAUAACCCUCAUUGAUCAACAUCUCCUUCCACAGUCCUCGGGUGAAUCCAGUGUCUUAUACUACAGAAUGAAAGGUGACUGUUACCGCUAUUUGGGUGAACUUAAGAGAGGCGAUGAGAGAAAAGAGGCGGUUGAUCAGUGCUUGAAAGCUUACCAGGAAGCUUCCACCAUAGCAAAAGCUGAGUUACCUGCCGCACCUCACAUUAGAGCGGGUGUGGCUUUGAACUUCUCUGUCUUCUAUUAUGAGAUUUUGAAAUCUCCUGAAAGGGCUAAUUACCUUGCCGAGCAGGCAAUUUAUGAAGCACGCUCCGAGUUGGUUGCUCUCGAUGAGGAUGCUUCCAAAGACAGCUUAGCCAUUUUCAAGCUUUUAAGGGAAAACAUCGACUUAUGGGAAGAACGAGGAUUUUCCUAUAACUGAUGCUUGAUCUGUAAUCCAAAGAAAAUAUUUGACAGGAUUUAUUGUAUUUGAUAGUUUUUUAUGUUUUGUUUAAUCAGAUACGAGCUUUUGUUUG